GGAAGCCACACAGUGCCAACAGGCUCAGUAGCUGUUGUUCUACAUUACAGAGACAAUAGAAGCUGUUUCCCCCUUUCUGUCUACAACAUGAAGCUGGUGAAAUGCAUUUUAAUUGUCCAACUGAGCUGUCUUUGUCAAGCUUUACAAAACACAUCCACUCAAACGGACCCAACUGAUGUCCAAGUGACAGCAGAGGGAAAUAAUACAAGAGGGAUAAUACAAGAGGAAUUCAACAGUGACCCUUACGUUCACAAACUUGCUGGUAAAUGCAGCUUCACGCUCAGGAUGCGUGGAAACAGGAGCAGUGAUGUGGUGGCAUUACCAGCAGACUCUAUAGAUACGUUGGCUGAACAGAUGUGUCAGGAUCUCGACUGUGGAAGCGUCUAUCAUGUGGAUAAAAGCAGCUCACCUCCCAGUGCCACCUGCUACCACGACUGUUUGUACCGAGACGGUCGUUUGCAGAACUGUUCACAGAGUGUGGGAGGCAACUGCACUGUGAUCGCUGAAGCUGUUUGUGGCCACCAGGCUGUGCGGCUGGCAGCCAGCUCAGACCGCUGUGCUGGACGGGUGGAGCUGUGGAGAGAUGGGAGGUGGGGCACCGUGUGUGACGACCGGUGGGACCUGCGGGACGCCGACGUGGUGUGCGCCCAGCUCGGCUGCGGUUACGCCCUCAGGGUGACGGGACAGGGUGGCUCCUACCCCCCGGGCAAAGCAGGACCCGUCCACCUGGACGAGCUGAACUGUACCAGCAGAGAGGAGAACCUGUGGGCCUGUCCGGCCGCUCAGGACGAGCCUGACUGCGGACACAAAGAGGACGCUGGAGUCGUGUGCUCAGAGAUGAAAGCAGUCAGACUGACUGGAGGUCUGGACCGUUGCUCUGGUAAAGUGGAGGUCCACCGUAAUGGCAGCUGGGGUGCGGUGUGUGAUAACUGCUGGAAUAAAGACAUGGCCUCCAUGGUGUGCUCCAUGCUGCAGUGUGGUGAACCGCUGAAAUUCUCUCAGUUUCUUCCUCCUCUCGCCCUCAACAACGGGACACAGUGGUUUUACCAAUGCAGUUCAAAUAUGCAGAAUCUGUGGCAGUGCAUGGAGUUCGUCAACAAACCACAUCUGUGCAUGUCCGCUAAAGCAUCCGGCGUCAUCUGUAAUGGUUCCCUGGGGUUUCCUUCAGCCACCACCACCACCACACCUAAUGUAACUGUAAUGACCGACUGGACGACCGGUGUAACCUCAGACGGUUGUGCUAAAGGAUUCUCAUUAGGUUCUACACUGCUUCUCAGCAUCAUUGCUCUGGCUCUUCUCCUCCUCGUGGUUCUCAUUACAAACUCGAUGCUCUGCUGCCAUUACAGGAGAAGACACGCGUACUUGCUCCAGCAGACUCGCACCAACCCACGACCUCCCUCUGAACAUCAUCACAACAGCUACCAAGACGCUGUCGACCUCGUCAAGGUCACUUCCAACCCACUGCAGACAGAAGUCCCCUCCAAUCCCAGGUAUCUUUGGACCCAGCUUAGUAGUGUUGACAGCACGUCAGUAGAUACAGACUAUGAGCAGUAUGAGCCAAACAAUGACCCGUCUGUCCCUUUAUCAACCUUUCGGAAUUCUCAGAGGUACAGAGCAGACGUGAACCCUUUGAUGAGGCCCUCAGGUCUCGACAGCCUCUUCGAGGAAGCCCCUGAACCCGCAGAGGAAGUGAUGGGAGUCUUUAAUGGCGACCCCGCAGAGGCUCAAUAUGCCAGAGUGUCAAGGAUCACAGUGGACUCAUUUGAUACCUCCAGCACCUCCUCCGGGGAAUGCUACGAAAACACAAACAACGGCUAUGUCAAGGUCACUCCCGAGCCAGGAGCAGGCCAGUCAUCUGUUGCCAAUGAUGCUUUUGACCCUUCGAGGUUCACCUACAGCAAAGAUCAACUUUACCCCGGACAAGAAACCAACCUGCAGAAUUCAGGUGAUGAAGAUGACGGCCCCCUCUACUCUCCUGUGAGCCCCGACCAAAACUCUUCAUCUGACGAUGACUACGAUGACAUCGACACAGCAUAGUAACCAGAGGAGGUAACUCACAGACCAGGGAUUGUGGAACGGAAGCUGCAAAACUGCAGUGAAAGGAAACAUGUACUGUACUGUGAGACCAACAACCUGUUUAGACUGAGUAAACCCAAUGAACCCAUUUAGUGAUUUACAGGCUAAAAAAAGUCUACACAUUUAAAACUGGACUAAAUUUGGUUAAAAAGUGUAGGUUUAGGUUACUUAUAACCAUUGUUUCAACAGCAUUACAAUGGCUACACUUCCUUGUGUGCAAUAGACAACACUGGAAUGCUGUUGAUAGAGUUAUAUGUGGCCUGGGGAUCUAAAAAUUAAACCAAAUUCAGACAAAUUUUGACCCAGAUUUCAUCACUGACUUUUGACCUGCAACUUACUAAAUUACUCUUUCCUGUGAACAACAAUAAUUUAGUGUUUUGCAAUUGCUAAAACACAAUUUCUUAAACUUUGUCGAAACUCUACAGACAAAAUCCAAAACAUAUACAUGAAAUACAAAAUAUCUUACAUCUCUUGCAAAGGCUAAUUCUUCUUUCAAAACGACAUAAACUCUUCUAAAAAUGGUAUUCUUGCAUCACAACUUUACACACAAACAUAAAAGAAAUAGUACUUUCCAGAUGCCAACUGCACAGUGAUGUGCUAAGUAUAAAACACUAUUUGGCAUUUUCAUUUGUAGCGUGCUAUAAAUAUAGACUAUGCACACAAAUGCAAUGUGUUUAUUCUCAAUACUCAUAUACUCAUAACACACAAUGACUUUAACUGAAGAUGACAUGAACAUAGUUACUGUAUUAUACUGUAAACAAAAUACAAUAUAUUGCAAUCACAGUCCUCUACGGUACGUUCACACCAAGCGCGAAGUGAACUUUUCGUGCAGCGCCAUUACAUACAAAGUCAACACAAAGAGGCGAAUAGACACGAAUUCCCGCCGGGUGACGCAAAUGGCGUGACGCUAAAUUUAGCGUCAUUCAUUCCCUGAAAUAUUUCAACUCGAGCGAGAAAUUUGCGUGACGCUGUGUCUUGAAAGUCUCUCAGAGUUGAGAUUCUCCUCCGGUCGUCACUGACGUCCUGACGUUGUUCAAUCAGAAAUGGAGGAAAAAAAUAUUGUAGCUGUUUGUGGGCAUCCAGAGCUACGAUAGUACCUCAUAUCUGUACAGAGACCGGACAAAACUCUGUGUAUAUAUGUAUGUGUAUAAACCACAGACUGUCUAUGGUAGAAACAACCACAAAGUAGUUUGCUUGUCGUCUUGCGGACAGACUUGACAAAGCAUGAAUUCAGUUAUUACUUGUAUACUUUGAUUCGUUUACAAUAACGUUGCUGCUGUAUUUAUGCUUAGAUGACGUUAUGUUGAGUGUUGAUGGAGCAGCUACAAUGUUAGCAUAGCCUAGCACGGAUCAAUCCAAACUCCAUUCAGAAAACAAGCAUUUUA